ACACCCCACAACUGUAUUUCGCCUUUCAAAUCCCCUGGACCAGCUUACAAGUCAAGAUUCAGGCACACUCUACCACUCCUUAUUUGAAUCAGAUCAGGUGCCGAUGGGGUCUAGGAAACCACACAAUGUGCUGCUCAAGUUCAUGAGCAGCAAUGAUCGCAUCGAGUCCGUUGAACUGGAAGUGAAUAAUGGUGAACAUGAAAGAGUAUGCAAUGUGGAGCUGACAAUUCAUCCUGCUAAUGCAACAGCUAUUUUAACCUCCUAUGACACACCUGAAGGAAUCUCAGUACUCUGGCGAUCAACGACUAUAUUCUCAGUUAUUACAAUACUUGCCCCUAAGGUCAAUUCUGCUACCAACCAAGCUGUGGAACUCUUUUAUGACAAUAUAUCUCUUGAGAUGAUAUUUGGUAGUACUGCGGUCUCCUUCAGAGGAGAUAUCUCCAAAGCUAGCUUUUAUCCCUUGGGCACUGUUCUCAAGAGAGAUUUUGUCAUUACUGGACUGUUAGGCAAAGGUGGUUUUGGUUCUGUGUUCAAGUGUUCUCGAGGGAAUAUGCAGUUGGCAAUUAAGAUGAUUAAUAAAGUACCGAAAGGAACUCCAUGCUCAGAAGUGGAGGCAAUGGUCAAGUUGAGUGGUUUGGAUCAUGUCGUACAGAUGUACUCUGCUUGGUGUGAAAAUGUGGUGUCAGGUCAAAGUGAUGUAUACAUUGGAAUGGAGUUCUUUGAAAGGAAUCUGGAGGAAUAUCUUACAGCAAGAACUGUAGUAGACCUACAAAAAAGCACACGAAUUUUUACUGAAAUACUAGCUGGGGUGAAUUCGAUACAUGAAGCAGGAAUCAUACACAGGGACCUGAAGCCUAUGAACAUUCUGAUUGACAGUAGUGAUCACAUUUGUGUUACUGACUUUGGCAUCGCGAAGAUAAAGCCAUAUCCAGCUGCAGAAUUGAGUUAUCCAGGGUGCUCCAAAUACGGAACUCAAUUUUACUGCGAUCCUAUCUUAAACUCCCCCCAUCAUCAACAUGAUGAAAAGGUUGACAUUUACAGUUGUGGCAUAAUCUAUUUCGAGAUGCAUCUGUUAGGGGUAACAAAAAGAAGAAGCUCGGUAAGGAAAUUCUGUGAUAAAUUCUCAUACAGCAAGAGAAGUAGAAAUAGGUAUGAUAUUUGGAACAGUUCUUUGUGGCAAAACUGGGGAGGAGUCAAAGAUAUUAUGAGAGAGAUGGUUGUGAGUUGUCGUGACUUGUUGUACUUCUUGGAGAAACUACAAGUCACUACUGAUAUCUCAGAAGGUGAACAAAUGUACCAAACAGAAGUUCAUCCACUGCAAAUUUUAUGCUUUGAUGAGCGCAGGCUUCAUGUAGAUAUUUUCUGCAUUCGUUCCACAUUUUUCCCAUAAUCCUCAUGUGGUGCGGUCCAGUGGACAAUUGACUGAAGAUUAGCAAUGAUAUGUACAUACAGGGUAGAGCGGUUAUCUGUGAUGACUCAAUGCUGUAAAUAUACUGCAUUGGCUUUCGAUGUCAACACAUGUAGAAGAUUGGUGAUGAUGUAAGUACAGAAUAGAUAUACAUAGUAUGUUUGGGACAUGUGAUAAGAUCAUGAGAUAUACUGAACACUGAAUAGAAUGGUUCAUCAUGAGAUAUACUGGCAUACUGCAUAGGGUGUUUCAUCAAACCAAACACCCAGUAUGCUUACUGCUGCUAAGUUAGGCCUUCUUUCUU